AGCGUUAAGGUUUCUUCUUACCAGCUGAUAGCAAAAUUGUCAACACUGAAGCUUCCCGGACCUCCGCUGCUGAAACGACGGUAUUGCUGAGCGAAAACGAAGAAAGAAGAGAGAGGAAGAAUCGUUUGUGGGACUUGACAAGUCUGUUCGAGAGACAAGUGACGGAUUCCUGAAGCCCCCAGCCCCUCUACCCAGGGAGGAGGCCGACCUCCCCCCACCCCCCUCCCAUCCCGCUGUUGCCUACUGGCCAGUAUGAGCUCCAGAGGGAGUGCCGGCCGCUCCAACGGCACACUACCCCAGACCAAGAUCUGCCAGUUCAAAUUGGUUUUGCUGGGCGACAUGGCUGUGGGCAAGUCCAGCCUGGUGCUCCGCUUUGUCAAGGGACAGUUCGAUGAGUUCCAAGAGACCACCAUAGGAGCUGCAUUUCUGGCCCAGUCAGUGUGUCUGGACGAUACCACAGUGAAGUUUGAAAUCUGGGACACAGCAGGACAAGAGCGAUACCACAGCCUGGCUCCCAUGUACUACCGUGGUGCUCAGGCUGCUAUUGUGGUCUUUGACAUUACUAAGCCGGAGACAUUUGAGAGGGCCAAGGCUUGGGUCAAGGAGCUACAGCGACAGGCCAGUCCUAACAUUGUCAUUGCCCUGGCUGGGAACAAGGCAGACCUGGCAGAGAAGAGACUAGUAGAGUAUGAGGAAGCCCAGACCUAUGCUGAAGAUACUGGCUUGCUUUUUAUGGAGACAUCUGCCAAGACUGCCAUGAACGUCAACGAGCUCUUCUUAGCGAUUGCAAAAAAGAUGCCAAAAACAGACACCCAGAACCCUACGCACGCAGCACGCCACCGGGGGGUGAAUCUCCAAGACCCCGAUGCCCACUCUACCCGAGCCUGCUGCGGCGGAAACUAGUUCCCCCCCUCU